UUAGGUUACCGUCCUAUUCCAACAGACCCUUACCUGGGAGGGAAUUCACCCUUGCCAGCCCCUGUAAGUGACAGGAUGAGAAAGAGACGGGCUUUUGCUGAUAAAGAGUUGGAGAACAUUAUGCUAGAGAGAGAGUAUAAAGAGAGAGAGAUGAUGGAAGCUACACAAGCAGCUGCACUCUUUCUCCCGAGCCGUGUGGUGCAUGGAGCUGAAUACAACUCGUAUAAAACAGCCUUCAACACUACUCAAGCUGAUACUCCAAACAAGGAGUUUUGCAAUUUUUUACCAACCUGCCUUGAUCUAACCAUGCAGUAUUCAGGAUCCAGCAACAUGGAACUGAUUUCUUCAAAUGUCAGUGUAGCUACUACCUACAGGCAGUAUCCCCUGUCUUCUAGGUUCUUAGUGUGGCCAAAAUGUGGCCCCAUUAGCGAUGCUCUCCUCUACCAGCAAUGCCUGCUAAAUGCUACUACUGUCCAAGCUCUCAAACCUGGGGCAGGUUGGGAUGCCAAGGUCUCACAAAGUCAGGACUGUCCAAACACUGAACAGGACAGCAUUCCUCCAAAACUGGAAAAUUCACUCAUUCUGACCCACACACAAGACAUUCAGCAGCAAUGUAAUGGGAUACCGUGCCUUCCUCAGGAAGCUCGUGAGAGGUCAGCUUUCUCUCCUCCAAAAAGGACUUUCUCUCAGAUUUCUGAUAACGAUUCUGUGCCUCCUCAGGAACAGGUAUUAAGCAAGAUCAGGAAAGACAAUACCAAGCCCCCUCCUUCACUCAAAUACAGUCCAUUUCAGUCACUGUUCCAGCAAACAUUUCCUGACAAAUCAGGAGGAGAGCUGAGAACAUCGUUUGUGAAAGAGACUUUUGAAGAUGCUUCUAAGAAAUACAGAGAGUGUGCCAUUAAAGAGAACCAAAAGUACAAAUUUACAAAAGACAAAUGUGCAAAAGACUUCCUUGGGGCCAAACAAGCCCCAACAAAACUUUCAGCAACUGAGCCACUGUCUUUUUCAGUUGAAUCCAUCCUUAAACGACCUUCCUCUGCAGUUGCUAAUGUUUCUCAGUGA